CAUCGGACAACGAUGCGAGCACUCGGUUUUAUUUUUCUCCUCUUCUAUCUCUAUCUCUCUGACUUUCUUCUCCCUCUAAAAUAGAACAAAACACAACAGAGUUUAAAUUCAGAUUUCUCAGAAAACAAACUAUUGUCGAAUACAACUUACUGUGUUUUUAUUCACAAAUUCUACGUUCUUGUACAUGUUUCCGAGGAUAUCGUGUCUACUUGUCGUUUGGAUUUUCCUCUUCCUGCUUGGUUACCAAGAAAACUGAAUUAGUCGGGAGAAGCAAACAAAAAAAAAAAAAAAAAAAAAAAUCUUCUGCAAACAUUUCGAUCUUAUGUUUGUUCAAGUUUCUCUUUUGUUCAUGAGACGUCAAGAAGUCAGCUAAAUAAUAUUUAGUUUCUCCGUCGUCUUGUCUCCUUUUCUUUCCCCUCUAGCUUCCCACAAAUCGUUUUCUUCUCCUUCAUUUGUAAAUUAACGGAGAAGAACUGUCGGUUGGUGGUGGGUAAUCUCGGGUUUUGCUUUCUAAUUUCUGAAAAAGAAUUUCCUUUAUAAGGAGUUUAUUUUUUUUACGCGACUUUUUUGUUGUUUUAAUUGCUUCUGCGAUGGCUGAGUCAACCAAGCUAAGGUUGGUUCGGUGCCCCAAAUGCGAAAAUCUCCUCCCGGAGCUGGCGGAUUACUCUGUUUACCAAUGUGGCGGCUGCGGUGCUGUUCUUCGAGCCAAAAACAAAAAUCAGCAGAUAGAUACUCUGUCGGAAAAGACAGAUGAAGAAAGGAGUGGAGGAGCUUCUUCUGGUAAAUCCCAGAAUUCCUUGGAGAAGGGAAUUGUAGAUUUGAGUGAUGCUUCUGAUACGGAUGUCCUUUCGAAUACUGGCUCUUUGAAGUCAGAAGAAAAGGGUCCCGAGAACAAUGAUGUUGGAUUUUCUCAGAAACAAAGGAAUGAAUCUCAGGUUACAGGUGAGAAUUGGACUUCUGAAAAUGGUCUUGGUAUGAACAUGAGUAGAGGUGAGUGGGUGAACAAAAUGAGAAGAGAAAAUGAGGAGUUGAAUUCUGAAUUUGGAAGUAUUGGUGGAUCUGAGAGACCAGGGCAGAUGUCAGACUGGCGAGGUGGGAUGAGACGCGAGAUGGAUGGAUUCAGAAGAACUUCGAGAGCUGAUGUUGAAGGCCUGAGAUACUCAACUUCAAAACAUCUGGACGAAGGCCCAUCUAGUUGCUAUUCGGAUUCUUCAUAUGGUUAUCAGGCACCAUCAAGGAAUUAUUAUGAUCAAGAAGGGGCAAAUAGAGGUCAAUACCUUGACCAAGAUCGAGCUGAGCUCCUGAGGAAGUUGGAUGAGCUAAAAGAACAACUAAGUCGGUCUUGUGAUGUAAUUGACAAACCAAAGGACCAGGUCCCUCUAGAUGGUAGGAUGGUUCCUCCAGAUCCAUAUGGUCCUGCUGACACCUGCAUAUCAAAUGUGUCUUCAGGAUCCGAGAAGGUUUCGAUGCCUUUCUUGGGGCCUGGAAAACAUGUUGCAGGACCUCCUUAUUUCCACCACCGUCCGGACCCAUUUGCUUACCCAAGUGGCCAUGAAGUGCCUAUGCAUGGCUUAUAUCCUUUGAUGAACAAUCCAAAUUGCAUCCCUGGAUAUGGUGAUUCUUAUGGGUCACAAAUGCUUAGAAGAACUCCACACCAGUUACCUAGUCAAUACCAACAGCAACCAUCACAUUCCUACUUCUCUGGACAGUAUGUCGAUACCACUCAUGAUUCAUUUGAACCGUACCAGCAAAAUUCAGUCUUUCACCAGCCUUCUUGUUCUUGCUUCCAUUGCUAUAACAGACAACAGAGAGCUUCAAUGCAGAUUCCCACCACCACCAACUUUAGCAAUAAAAGGUACAAUGAUGCGCCAUACAAUCCCAAUCUUUGCCAUCAUGAAAACCCUGGAAUGUUUGGUCCAAAUAUCCAUAAUACUAGGACUUCUGUUCCUCCAGCAUUGAAUUUCCGUGGUCCACAAGCCCACACUAGAUGGGCCGGUGAUAUUAACUCUGAUAUGGGUGGUUUUGUUCGCUGCCGUCCUCCACGAGUGGUUUUAGCCAGUGGUGCUCGCCACUCUCAUCCUGUGGCUGGCGGUGCUCCCUUUCUAACAUGUCCCGAUUGCUUUGAACUGCUUCAACUGCCCAAGAAACUACAGGUGAAAAAGCAACUAAAACUGCAGUGCGGGGCUUGUUCUACAGUCAUCAAUUUUGCUAUCAUCAAUAAGAAACUCGUCCUAUCUGUUAAUGCGGCAGCCAAGCCAACAUCCACUGAGGUUGAUGAUAGCUCUAGGGAAGUAGUGGAAGACCAAAUUUCCCAUUCCCAUGGUUUCGUGAAAAGAUUAUCAGUCAACUUCUCUUCUGAUGAUUAUGAUAAUUCUGGUUAUGAUUUUCAAUCAAUGGAUCCUGUUCCACUGUCAACUGGUCAGGGCUUAAACUCGAGCAAGCCUCAAGAAAUGCAAAGUUUUCAUUCUUCAUCACCUACUGCUUCUGAUGAUGAAAACAGUCCAGACGUUUUGAAUGCUGUUAGAGGGGUUGCAAACUCAGCCCAAUGUCCAGUGAAAGACACUUUUUCUCCACCUCCUCGUGGUUCACCUCUACAAGAGCACUUUGAUUACUCCUCUAACAAUCAUGCAGUUAAUCGGUUUGCAAAGGGGAACCGAAGUAGUCGCUCAGACCAAGAGAAGGUGGUACCAAACAAGACAGCCAAACGACAAAAUUCAAUGGAAGAUGCAUCAUUGGCCACUGAGAUGGAUGUCUCAUUCAAUGAGUACUCAAAUACUGGUGUAUCUCAAGAUUCAGGAGAUACAACCAGAGAGCAUGAUCCUCCAAGAACCAACAAAGGAGGUGAAUCAUUUUUUGCAAACAUUAUAAAGAAAAGCUUUAAGGAUUUUGCCAGAUCUAAUCAAGCCGAAGAUCGUGGGAAGAGUAAUGUUUCAGUAAACAGGCAUCCCAUACCAGAACGUGUGGUCAAAAGGGCAGAAAAGAUGGCAGGACCAAUCCUUCCUGGACAAUAUUGGUAUGAUUUCCGAGCGGGAUUUUGGGGUGUCAUGGGCGGUCCAUGUCUUGGCAUAAUUCCUCCAUUCAUUGAAGAGCUGAACUACCCAAUGCCAGAGAAUUGUGCUAAUGGAAACACUGGUGUCUUUGUAAAUGGACGGGAGCUUCACCAAAAGGAUUUAGAUUUGCUUGGUUGCAGAGGCCUUCCAACUGACAGAGAUAGAUCUUACAUUAUUGAAAUCUCAGGAAGAGUCCUUGAUGAAGAUACUGGCGAGGAGCUGGAUAGCCUUGGCAAACUUGCCCCAACAGUUGAGAAGGUAAAGCAUGGAUUUGGCAUGAAAACACCGCGAUCAGCUACAUCAUGAGCCUGUAGGAAUCAUUAAGUUGGUGUGCUAUUCUGCCAUAUGGGAAUAUUUUCAGCAAUUCUUCUCUGCAAUUGUGGCAAAAUCUAUAUCUUUGCAUAGAAGUUGUAAGGUUUGAUUUUCUAGUAUAUUAUCGUCAUGUUGCCCUAUAGCUGUAGAUUUAAGUGCUUGUGUGCUUGUUUUCUUUGCACUGGUAAGAUGUAAAUUAUAUGCAAGUGUUCCUCUUUCUUGAGCCCUUCUGUGUUUCAUAUGGUGUUUGUAUAUAUAUAUAUAUAUGGUUUGGCUUUCUCCAUUGCCAAGUUUGGAA